AUCAACGACUUUUGGCGGGAUUCAGUUGCGGAGUUGUUAUUUGUUUUGUUGUGUUGGCCUUGCAGCUCGUGCCGAUUAUUCAAUUGUUGUUAAAUUCAUUUUUCAUAGCCACGUAGAAUUUAAUAAUUUUAGGAAUCAUUUUUUUAUGUUUGUUUGAUAACAAUGAGUGAUACUGAAGAUUAUGAAGCUCUUCGACAAAAGAAUAUUGCAGAGAGGAAUGCGUUUUUAAAAGACUUUUUCAAAGAAAUCAAAGAAGAUACUGCAGAAAUUCAUAAGUUAGAGAGUCUCAGGUUAAACAUAGUUGAAAAAGAAAAUAAAACUCCACGUUCACCAAAAACAACAACGAGAAGACGUAGAUCUCGUGUGAGUAGAUCACCUACUUUUCAAGGUCCUAAAAUACAACUGCAGAAAAAAUAUAACACUAGAAGUAAGAAACGGAAACUGGAAGGUGAAGGUAUAGAAGAAAAUGACGAUGAGUUAUAUGAUGAUAAAGAUAUAAUAGUUCCUAAAAAAAGUUCAAAUAUCAAAGUCAUGUUUUCAUGGGCUAGACCUUUACAGAGAGAUAUAGAUCUUAUGAAAUUUGAUGUGAGUGAAGAAGAGAACGAUAGCGAAGAGUCAGAUCAAGAGUUUUAUAUACCUCAGAAGAGGAGAUCAUAUAAAGUGUCUAGAAGUACAUAUGAUCCAAGUAGGAUCCCAUCGCCUGAUGAAAUUACACCUGCAAUGUUGAAAAAUAUUGCUGAUAGAGCUACUGGUAAAAUUUAUGAUACAGUAAAUGGUUCAUCUUGUCACCAAUGUCGACAAAAAACAAAAGAUACUAAAACAGUAUGUAGAUCUGGUGAAUGUAUAGGAGUAAGAGGACAAUUUUGUGGGCCAUGUUUAAGAGGAAGAUAUGGAGAGUCUGCAUAUGAGGCCCUUCAAGAUCCACAUUGGGUUUGUCCACCAUGCAGAGGAAUAUGCAAUUGCAGUUUUUGUAGAAUAAGAAAUGGUCAAAGACCUACAGGAAUAUUAGCACCUCUUGCAAAAGAAGAAGGAUAUAACUCAGUGAAAGAUUACUUAGAAGCUCAAGACUAUGAAGACUAGUGUUACAUUUUUAUGAAAUUUUUUAUAUUUUUAUACGAGAUGAUCUUAUGAAUGAUUAUUACAUUGUAUAGCUGUUAAGUAUAGCAAGAUUUAACCAAUCAAUUUGACAUAUAAAUAUCUAUAGUAUGAAAUGUAUUUAGCUUACAAUCAAAGUUGCCAUUUUUUAUUGUGAUAUAUUAAUAAGUCGCUACAUUGAUUUUAUUACAAAUUCGUUAAAAGUUUUGAUACUGCAUGUUUGUAAGCUAUAAAAGUUGGAGAUAUUUGAAAUCAUUUAAUUGUUAUAAGUCGAAAUAUAUAUUUUGGCUUUUAUCAAUUAUUUGUAUUUUGAAAUGUUCUGACCUGUAUAGUCGUUUUUUAUAUUAACAUUUCAAAUGAUAUUUUAUACAUGUGAAUCAGUAUACUUUACAAAACUUGAACUUACCACACUUAUUUUCUAUUAUUUUGUCAUCUAAAUAAAUUUUUGUGUGUGAAGGCAAAUUCUUAUUAGUUAUAAACACUUUUUAAAUCAGAUUAUAAUUGUAAAAAGAUAACGAAU